AUGCUUCCAGAAAUCAACACAGAUUAUUCUUAUGUUGAUGAUGUUUUGUGGACGAGUGGAUUUGGCUAUGUUUCUGCAACCGCCGAGUACAAAGUGGUAAGAAUAUAUAAGUUGAAGAACAAGUUUGUAGAAGUCUGCAUAUACACUUUGGGCGGUGGCAAUGGAUGGAGAAACCUUGGAAAGUUCGAUCCUUCUUUCAGCCCGUCUGAUUGGGAACAAGAUGUUUUUGCCAAUGGAGCUCUACAUUGGAUGGGCGACGAACUAGAAAUAAUUGUGACUUUCAAUUUGGCUGAGGAAAAGUUUUGCCAACAUCUUUCACCACCUCCUUUGCCACCAAACGGUUGUUGGUCUCUGAAUAGAAUAGGGGUUUUCGAUGGGAUUUUGUUUUUUGCUUCUUAUGGCCGAGGAAACAAGUCUGAUGACUUGUGGCUAUUAAAAAAGAAGAAUGGUAAUGAUGGCAUCAAAGAGGGAGAGGAACAUCUGUCUUUGGGUUGGAGUAAAGAGUUUAGGGUUGUUCACAGUACCAAAUUGUUAGCUGUUACGAAGAGCGGCGGUAUUUUAACAUACAUUGAUUUGUUUCUCUACAUUUGCAACCCAAAAACUUUAAAGUUGAAAAGGCUUUUUGAUUUUAAGGAACGGAUUUUGGUAGUAUUCCCUCACAAGAACACCUUAGUUUCACUGAAAGAAAUAGGGGAAGAAGAUACAAAGAUAAUGGAGUCGAUUAUUGAGGAGACGGAAAGCCAUGAUCAGCCUUUGUUGCAGCUGUAG